AUGUCCUACAAACCUACCACCCCUGACCCCAGCAGCACCCCCGGCUCCAGCACCCCUGGGCCAGGCACUCCGGUCCCUACAGGAAGUGUCCCGUCACCGUCGGGCUCAGGGCCGGGAGCCACUGCCCCUUUCAGACCGCUGUUUAAAGACUUUGGACCGCCUACCGUCGGUUGUGUGCAGGUCAUGAAACCACCUGGUGCCCAGGGCUCCCAGAGCACCUACAAGGAACUGCUGUUGGUCACAGAGGAGAUGGGCAAAGGGAUCCGGCCCACCUAUGCUGGCAGCAAGAGCGCCGCGAAGUGCCUGAAGAGAGGUAUCAUCCAUCCCUAUUCAGAGUGCCUGGUAGAGACAGAGCGGAACGCCCACACUUAA